AGCAGGGUCCGCCGGAGCCCGGAGGAAACACGCCGCCGCAGCAAGCAGGAAGUCUGGGUGGGAGCGCAGCAGAGAGGGGGAAAGAGGAAGCAGCAGCGGCAGAAGAGAAAGCAAAAGCUCCCCGUGCCGCCCGCUGCUCAAUCGUCCGCCUGCCUGCGCUGGACUCAGCAUCUCUGGCUCCUGCCCGGGCGGGAAAGCUGCGCCGCCGCUGCCAUGGCCCGGGAGAACGGGGAGGGCAGCGCCUCCUGGAAGAAGCAAGCCGAGGACAUCAAGAAGAUCUUCGAGUUCAAGGAGACCCUGGGAACCUCUUGUACUGACAUCAUCUGGUGUAAUAAGAAACAUGUCCUUACUUGUCAUCUUAGGGGUGCGUUUUCUGAAGUAGUUUUGGCUGAAGAGAGGGCUAGUGGAAAACUCUUUGCAGUCAAGUGCAUCCCCAAGAAAGCACUGAAGGGGAAGGAAAGCAGCAUAGAGAAUGAAAUCGCAGUCCUGAGAAAAAUAAAACAUGAAAAUAUAGUUGCACUGGAAGACAUAUAUGAGAGUCCAAACCACUUGUACCUGGUCAUGCAACUAGUGUCUGGAGGCGAGCUUUUCGACCGCAUAGUAGAGAAAGGAUUUUACACCGAGAAGGAUGCAAGCACUCUGAUACGGCAGGUCCUAGAUGCUGUCUACUACCUGCACAGAAUGGGCAUUGUGCAUCGAGAUCUCAAGCCUGAGAAUCUGCUGUACUACAGCCAGGAUGAAGAAUCCAAAAUCAUGAUCAGUGACUUUGGAUUGUCAAAGAUGGAGGAUAAAGGAGACGUCAUGUCCACAGCGUGUGGAACCCCAGGAUAUGUUGCUCCUGAAGUGCUGGCCCAGAAACCCUACAGCAAAGCGGUGGAUUGUUGGUCCAUAGGGGUAAUUGCAUACAUUUUGCUCUGUGGAUAUCCUCCAUUUUAUGAUGAAAAUGACUCCAAACUCUUUGAGCAGAUUCUUAAGGCGGAAUAUGAAUUUGACUCUCCAUAUUGGGAUGACAUCUCAGACUCUGCUAAAGAUUUUAUUCGGAACUUGAUGGAGAAAGACCCUAACAAAAGAUAUACCUGUGAGCAAGCAGCCCGGCACCCAUGGAUUGCAGGGGACACAGCCCUCAGCAAAAAUAUCCAUGAGUCCGUCAGUGCUCAGAUCCGAAAGAACUUUGCAAAAAGCAAAUGGAGACAAGCGUUUAAUGCCACAGCAGUUGUUAGACAUAUGAGAAAGUUACAUCUUGGCAGUAGCUUGGACAGUUCAAAUGCAAGCAUGGCAAGCACCCUCAGCCUGGCCAAUCCACUUCCCGAUGGAACAACCAGGAAAGAUUGUAUGUCCCCAUCUGCUCUCUGUAGUUUUGUUUCAUCUGCUUCUUCGGGUAUUUCUGCAGUAGGAGGAGAACGGAGACCCAGGCCGACCACAGUAACAACAGUGCACACAGGGAGCAAGUGAUCAGCGGAUGAGGAUAGAGACGGGAAAGCCAUCGGGUCGAGCGUACCUACUCCGAGUGAUUUCAUCUUGCAUUGUGCACUUGGUGAAGGACUAGAAGAGAGAAGAUUUUUUUAUGGCCAUAUUUUAUACUGCAAUUCUGAAAUGUUUCAUUUAGCACAAACUGCAAUGACUCCAGGGGAAAUGGAUUUAACAGUCUCUGGUGCUGUAUAUAUGAGUCUAGCAAUGUUCUAACUAACAGACGUGCAUUCUUUUUCCCGGUGGUUUACUCUCUUCUUCUCAGUGUAGGUAACAGUAUAUGUUGUAUUUUUUUUCCAUUAACUAAAAAGGUCUCGGCUGGAUUAUUUAAAUAGAGAUAAUUCUUGAGAAAUAGACUUCUUUUUUUCUUUUAGCAAGUACUUCCAGUUGCAUCCCUCCUUCCAGUUUGCUGAGGGAUAGGUUACUUCUCACGGUAGAGAUUUGCAUUGAUUUUCCAAAACAGGAGGGUUCCAAAGGCUUGCAUGCCAUUUUUAAUUCCUAAAAUUGGACUGUAAACCUGUCCGGAUCUAGCAGUGCCGUUACACUAAAACAACCUGCUUUCCCUCUCUUCCUCCUUCUUGGAAACAAUGGUGAGAGUUGAUUGAAAACAACCCAUCAUGACAUGCUGUGAACCUGCAACAUUCAUUGACUCUGAUGGGAGUGGCAAAGUUCUCAGCCAGGAGCAGCCCUUAGUUCACCAAGCAUGUGAAAAAUGAUAUAAAGCUUCAUCCUGCAGCUCUUAUUCCUUUGCUAACCCCCUUGUGGUCCAUCACUGAGGCCCCAUAAGGAGGAGUCAGGAGAGCCUGGGUUCUAUUCCCAUCUCUGCCACUGACUUGCUGCUUGAGCUUUGGACAAGUCACUGCCCAAGGUCAAAAAUUUCAAAUGUGGCCUCUGAUUUUGAGUACCUCCAGUUUGGGGCCUGCUAAUUGAGAGCUGGUGAGUGCUGCAACCCACUGACCUCAGCUGAAGUUAUUGGUGGCUCAGAGUUAGCCCCCAGGUGCCCCAAGCUGGGCACCAAAAAUCAGAAAGCAUUUCUGAAAGUUUUGGCCUUAAAAAAAAAAAAAAGUUAUGCCUCAGUUUCCUCAUCCGUAAAGUGGUGAUAAUGAUACCACUGCAAUGUGGACACAGCCUGCCUUUCACUGUGCGUGUAAGCUACCUGUACCGUAUACACCACCGCAAGCAUAGAAAAGGCCAAAAACAGGCAAUGUCACUGCUUUCAUCAUAAAUGUUUUAAAUAUCUUGGACCAGAAGAGACAGCAGUGUUCAGAGCUCAUCGCACUUACGAACUUUGUGAGACGUGUCCAGAUCUCUACAAGUCAUUCCCAGCUUUGAUAUUUCUUCUAGGAGGAGAAAAGGUAGAAGCGGAGUUCAUGAGAGUCAGGCACAUUUAAGCUAUUACUAACUCCCUACACCCAAAUACAGCCCUCUCCACAGGCAGGCCGGAAUCAUUUUUCCUUAAAUGAUUCUGUUGCCACAUCCACAUCAGUUAUUGUCUUUAAAGAAUUAGAUGAACCAGUCACAGACACAUCUGAAUAUAUACGGCCGUAGUGAACAUGCUACAAAAAGCCAUGACAUUUACAUUUCAUUGAGAUUUCAAAGAUGUAAGGUGAAAUCCUGCCACUAUUGAAGUCAGUGGGAUUUUGGCCAUUAACUUCAGAGGAGCCAGGAUUUCAAGAAAACCAGGUGGUACACAGUGCUAGUUCUUUACAAAGAUGUCAUUGCACUAGAUGUCAUUGCACUGCUCAUAAAGAUAUUACACAUAAUAGAUCUCAGUUGAGCCAGUAUUAAUCUGUGCACCAUUUUCAGUCUGGAGAUGUGGAGUAUGAUUUAACCAGUUUCCUCCAGAAAUUCCCAACAACCCUAUAUCAUAUUAUACCUAUCAGAGACAUUCAAACUAUAAUGAUUUAAUGUGAACUACAUAAAACACUAAUGUGCAUCUGACUUUCCCCUGUGGAUAUCUGACACUCCAAUAUAUCGCCUUGUAAAACCUCAUAGAUACAUCCAGUCUCUGACAUAAUGAGCCAGAUCCCCAGCUAAUGUAAAGUGGCAUCAUUCCAGCGAAGUCAGUUGAACUAUGAUUUUCACCAGCUGAGGAUCUGCGCCAACAUGUGAUAGUGACAUACCACAGCACUGAUAUGCACGCUCAGUUUUUAAUAGAGUAAUUACUCUUCAAAGAGGUUAUUUGGCUCCGUUCUCAAAGCAAAAUCAAAAAUCCCCAGCCAUUAACUUCUAAGAAACACGUUAAAAUGCCUGACACUGGUCUCAUUGAAGUCAGCGGUAAAAUUCCCAUUGGCUUCAGUGAUGCAGAAUCCUGCCCCAGAUUUGGUAGACAGGAACAGCAGUCAAUGCUGGGGGACGUUGUUGAUCUGAGCCCCUCUUAUCCAAAAUCCUGCAUUAUCUAAAACUGGACCGUGCCCCCUGACAUACAGGGUUUUUCAUUUAGGACCUUAUUCAUAUUCAUACUCAGGUCUCUUGACAUCUCUCUGGCAGUGUAAAUGGGGAUUAAAGUGGCUGUUAAUACAAUUUAUGCCCACUAUAAGACCUAUUUAUGCUGCCAGACUGGUGUAAAGGGACCUUAAUUUAAGUCAUAAUAAGGCCCUAAAAGCCUUAACUUAUCUCAGAACUUCAUCUUCCAAAUAAAUUCAGUUGGCCCAAUAAAUUCUGAUCUCAGUUGCACCUGUGUAAAUAUGAAGUAACUUGAUUUUGAGUCAGUGGAAUUACACCACAUUUAAACUGGUUUAACACAGAAUUUGGCCGAUGGCGCUUUCCUGUAUAUGCUGCUGCAUAUAAAUUGAAACUCAAGCAGCCCCUAUUUGCAUUCUUUUCUAACAUCAUACUGAAGUUUCUGAUUUUGAUUUAAUUGCUUAUAACAAUAAUCAGAAUAUGGCCCGGUCCAAAUUUGUCUUGCAAAAAUAAAAUGUUUUCCUUCUGCAAAAUAAAGCAGAGUGACGUACGUAAAGGUGAGUCCAUUGCAGGAGUGCACUCCCUCAAUUGAUUUUUGGUCAAUUUUCUGCUCUGGUCCAGUAUGUCUACAAUACCUCCGUGCUGGAUGCGAAUAGUAUCACAUUUAGCUGUGGCUUUACAAUAGUUUCCAUUUCAUUCUGGACUGGAAAUUAGAUUUGUCUUAAUGUUGCUGUUAUUCCACAAGAAUUGGAUCAUUUUAUUAUCACUCUAUUCGCAUUAGUACCUUAAGAAAAGGAUCAGAAGACAUUAAAAGUAAAAUGUUUCUUUCUGCCAGAAAUCGAGGAGAUGGAAAGCUUUUGUUUCUCAAGAACUGUGGCUGAGGAUCUGACAGGUAUUUGUGGGGAGGGGAGAGCGGAGAUUUUUACUGUCAUUGAUUCACGAAGGAUCUAUCCCCCUUCAGAGCGAAAUCUUUUCAACUUACACCCAUGCAUGUCUAGUGACAGGUGUAACUCGGCAGACUAUACCCGAGCCUGGCCUGCCAGUUGAGUUCUAAACCAGUGUUAUAAAUGAGUGUAAAAACUAACAGUAUGUAACCAGUGCAGGUGGUGUGAGGUAUGAUAAGAAAGCACGGCUGGUUAUUUUCCAAGGGGCCAUCUCAGCAAACCAUUAGUGGUUCACUUAUUGCAUGUGGUCCACAUCUCGGAGACGUGCCCCAAGUUAAUGCUUCUCUGAGUUAUGCUGCUCUUAGCUUUAUUUGUUUAAAUGGCACCACUGUGAUUUGUUAACUCUUUUUUUCCUGGACUCCCUCCUUCUGGUCUUUGCUUGCAGCCUCGAUUGUUGAAUUGUUACCUCCAGAGUCACAGUUCUCAUCUGUGACACCAACCCCAAUGUUCUUGUCAGGAAAACAUAAAACUAACGCAGCUAACACCAGUCGCCUGCAGGAGACUGCCGACUGUAGGCUGCCUGGGAAUUUCCUGAGACUGAAUGUCAGUUCUGCAGUGUUAAUGCCACACACUGCUGAUUUUGCGGUUGACUUUUUAUUCCUAAAGUAGCCUAGAUGUCCCACUGGAUCACUUCCUGAAAGACAAACUGGAUAUUGACGCUGCAGCACAGGUAGUGAGGAGGCAGGUGAAUGGGAAAAUACUGGCUGUGGCAAAAUGAAACUCACCCUCCCCAAUUAUGCUUUAGUUAUUUCUGGGCAGGUAAUGUCUCUUCUGCAUUGGUCGCUAUCAUGCAGGUGCCAUCAAACUAGUCGGUUCAGAAAAGCUUUAUUAUUUCACCUUCUUCUAGUUUGUCUGUUAGAAUAGUGGACUGAAAUUUAAAAAAAACCAAUAGUAGACACUGAUUUGCUGCUGGUAAGGAAUAAAUGAUCAUGUAAUGCGUAUUCUGUGGGGAAAACGAUUUUAGGUGGGUCUGAAAACAGAAAUUAAAUGGGGACUUUUAACAUUGAAGCCAGCUUGAGAAAAGAGGAGGUAUAUCCUCUGAUCCAUGUAUUUCCUGGGUUUGCUUUGCUGUUGUUGACAACAGUUGUAUCUAUAACAAGUUUCUCUCCUUCAUAGCCCUGGUUUAUAUUCCUCCUUUUCUGCCUGAUCCUUCAGUGACAGCAGAAUCCCACGUUUAUGACAUCGCAGUCAGUUGCGCUGGUGGUCAUUGUAGUGUCACAAAUGAAGCAUUAGAAGACAAAUCUGGACAUCACCAUGAGAAGGGCCAUACAAGUACCUUGAUAGAAACCAUCAUGGCACUUGAGUGGCUCGGGCUUGUCCUGAGAAUCUCAGCACUGGGGUGAAACUCAUGGAGAAAGGAGUUUUACCCUUGCAAAUUGACAGCCUGGCAUUGGAUCAGUUUAAUCAUUGCAAUGCCUGCCACAGGUGACUGGUAUAUUCCUCCUCCAUAGAAGAGAGUUGUAGAUGUGUUUUAACGGUUACAGGCCAAUGGCUUAGCCUGACUUCUCCCUUAACCCACCCUUGCCUACCAAUGCCUUUGCAAACUAUGGUGCAGGGCUGUGUGAUGCACAAGGGGUAUGGUAUACCGCAGAAUCACACCUUCCCACUGAAUCAGGGCCUUCCAUGCCUGCAGGGCAUGGGGGGGGUGUAACCUGCGCUGCAGGAUGAAGCAGGAAGAGCAGAUGAGCCAUGAGGAAACAAGCCCUUGUUCGAGCCCAAAUCGCUUUAGUCAUUAGCAAGCAGUAAGAACGUUCUGAACAAAAGUGAAUGGGGAAGCAGAUCUGUAUUUGUCAGAUUCAGUGAAACCUGUGCUAACAUUUCCACCCCCACUAACCAACAACUUCUGUCUUGAGCAGAGUUGGGCAAAUACUGCAAAACUUUGGGCCGAAUUUACAAACAGAAUUUAGACUUCUGUGUGUGUUCUCUGCAGAUAUUCCGGGAACCAAUUUACUAGCUAGACUGCGCAGGGAGAGACCACGGAACCCCAGUUCAAGCAAGGGACAGAAACACAUGCCUAACUUUAAGCACUUUUGACUCCCAUUUGACUUUAAUGGGAUUUAUCACAUGCUUAAAGUUAGGUAUGUGCGUAAGUACCUUCUGAAUUAGGGCUUCAAAGUGUUGUUUCUGCGGAUACAUCAAUUCAAUGGCACAAUUCAUGUUCUUCAGGUCGCGCACAUGCUUAAGUACCUUGCUGAAUUGGGCCUAAAUAAAUACCAGAGAAUAUUCAUGGGAAGGGAAUUUUGCUUUCAUUAUCAUGACCGUUUGAACCAGAAACCUAAUUCUAAGAAUUAUGCUCAUCCACUCAAAGAACAGAAACCUAUCAUGUGAUUUGUGCGUCUAAUCAAAACAGUAUCAAAAUAAAAUGCAACAGAAUGCUCGCUAAUGCAAAGUAUUAGCCAACCAGUAAUUUCAAGUAACAGAUAUAUGAGGGAAUUGCAAUUACUCAUAGACAUUUGGUGAACAAAAAUUCAUUUGUUAAAUUAUGCAAUAGAAGAUUAUUCACCCAGCAGUAGUUGUAUGUGAUACCUGUAAAUUAUCCCCAAUUUCCAGUACAGUUGUAUCUUACCCUUAGAUUCAUGUCUACUAGACAAUUUCUUUAUUGUGUGUGCAAUAUUCCCUUGGUGUGAUUACUUAUUUUAUACAGAUUUCGCGGAUAUUUAAAAGUUUGCCCCAAGACAUAAAUUCCUAUUCUGGCUUCACUUAGGAUUGUAUCCAUAUAAACAACAUUUGUAAUUAAGCAUAGGAGCUUCUUAAUCUCAGAUGUUAUUUUUCAGGACUCCAUCUAACAAAACAGCUGAUCAGUGCAUUGAUCUUUGGUUUCUAUUAGCACGGUCAGAUUCACAGUGCCUACAUUUUUCCAUGACAGAGAGGGAAAACAGGGCAUGUGUGCUCUAAGUGUCGUGAAAAUCACUGCUAAACUCACAAUGACAUGAAAAUGUCCAACUGAUGCAUGAUACUGCACUGCAUGUAUUAAAUUGUACUAUUUCUACAUUUCCCAAGCCUUUGCUGUAAACACAUCUUGGACCCGGUCCCCUGGGGUUUCUUUUAAGUUUGGUUUUGAAAUGGCUAUAUGUAUCUGUAACUCGAAAUCCAUCAUUACCUAGCGCUAACUGCAAAAACUGACGUUUUGUGAACAAAACUCUGCAAAGCCUGGGAAUGUAUUUUGUCCUUUUAGUAAACGCUGUGCAGUUUUUAAGGGAAGAUCUCUGUCUAGAGGGGCUUCAUUCUAUGCACCUGUCAGUUACACCUGUCUUGGUUCAGGGAAAUCAAACUGUUUUGUUUUCACGUAUGCUUAAAAACAAUUAUCUACAUUUAAAUCCCUUGUACUGGAUCUACUGCACAGUGAGGGCUGCCAAGUAAACAUGUUAGUUAUAUCUAUGUCUCUGCGCUUUAAGAUAACAGCAAAACUUAGACUGGAAUGUAGGCUCAGUCGAAUUAUAUUUUCCCCCUUUUCCUGAGAAGCUCUUGGAAUUUGGCUUUGCAGAUCUGUUGCAGAAUACUCUGUUGCUGUGGACCGAGCCAGUUGCUGCAUAUCUUAAAGUCAUGCUCCCAAAGCAUCAAGUGUCAGAACUCUUUUUUUCCAGUUGCAUUUAACCCAUUGUGCUCCAUGCAUUCAAGUCUGUAUUUAUCAACAAAAGACUUCAACUCUAUUUUCUGUACUACCUGGAAAUGAUUGUAGUCGUCUCUUCUGCUGAUCGAUCUCUGCGAAUCAUUUUGACUCGUGAUUUCUUUUUCUAAGGCUGGACAAGAGAGAGGAGGUCACACGGAGCUCUCAGUAUCAAUGCUGGAAACCCACUCAACUAAUCAGCUGAGCACGCAAUUUGCCUGAUUGCUCAGUGUUUGCUGUUUAUAUUACAGAAGAGUCGGACAUUACUGAAAGCUCAAAAUCCACAAAGGGAGGCAGCUAAGAGCUAGCAAAUUGCUUGCCAGUAGGAAGAUGGGUUCAGUCAUUCCUUCACAAUCAAUUUCCCUGGAAGUAGCAUGCUUGGCAGGGGAAUUUCAGCAAAAGUAAGGCCAGGGUGAUGUAGGGAGUGAAUUUAAAACCUUCUAGCUGUUUUGAGAGUCCCAGGUGUGACUUUCUCCUACCCUUGCAGCCCUGCACAGUUGCUCUUCCCGCUGGCUGACAGGGUACAGGAAGGGGUGAAGGGGAAUGGUUAUGCUAUGGCCCUGCCCUCUGCAUCAGCCCACAAAGCAGUGGGCAGUGUGCUGGGCCUUCUACAAAGUCUCAACUCAAAGAACUCCAAGCGCAUCAGUCUCACUGGAGUCAACAGAAUUUGUGUUCCCUAGAGGUAAGCAUGUGCUUACGUGCUUUGUGGAAUCAGAGCCCAAGUGCUGCUGUGCUGUGCACACAGAGGGAGUCUUCAGUCAGAAUCCCUCCCGCAUCACCCUCCACACUCACCAAGCAUAGCCUGGGGUCGCAGGGGCUGAAUCUUGUCCUAGGUGAGAAAGCCAGGUCAGUAUUUACCACCUCUUUAUUCAUACCCAGCUUCUGCAGCCCUGAUACCCCACAGACUUGUGUAGAACAUCGAACCAGUUAAUUAGUGGGUGAGUUAUUAGGUGGUUCAUGUUUCUGCUCAUCCAGGCCAGUGACAUUUCUCUCUGAGUCUUUGCUUCUGGCUGGGAAGCAGCACUUCUGCAUUUUAUUUAUUUUUAACAUUUGGCUUGGGACAAAAAGAGCCCAGCCUGCCCAGAGGGAAAUUUGGGAAGGAUUCCCGAAGUAGCACUUGACUGCAAAACAUCUCUUGGUUUAUUUUUAUAAAGAUGCGAGCAUGUUUUAUUAACAAAAAGAAAAAAAAAAGCUUACAGUUUUAAUCCAGGAAUAUCAGUGUGCCUAAUAUUACAGGUCUUGUGAUUGAUGCAAUUUCAUAACAACAUCCUUGUCCAAAUGAAGGGAAAUAGUGUAUUUACUCCAUGCAUGUACUAAGGCAUUGCAAAAAGUUUAACCUGCGUAAUGGGUUUGCGAACCUGCAAAUUGUUAAUGGGGCUACGUCGCAAAUGAUUCUCUGCCUUGACAAUCAUGUAUACAUAUCGAGAUUUCUAUCAUAAUGAUAAGUGGAAGAGAUGAUUAAUUGUUUUCCUCCAAUAAAUCCAAUUAAAUCAC